UGUCAGCGUGGACAUUUGUGCUUUUCCCCCUGUUCAAUUCGCAGGCCUCUUGCUUCUGCUUCCUCGUUAAUUUGCCCCCCCCCUCUCAUUCUACACAGACGAUUCAGUUUUUGCAAUGGCCCAGCGGUUUGGUAACGCCAAGGUUUAUUUCCCGAACCUCGUGUUUAAGAUCAUCCCGGACGCGCGCCUGGGCAAAAGCCAGGCGGCGUUCCGCGUGCCCCUGAACGUCAACAAGCUCGACAUCAAGGACUAUCUCUCGCAUAUGUACAAUGUCACAGUCACCGAUGUGCGCACAGCCGUGAUGCCCGGCAAGUGGACUGUCAACCGCUUCACCGGCCAGAAGGAGCGCACCGCGAGGACCAAAAAGGCCAUUGUCACAAUCAAGGAGGACUUUGAGUACCCGGAGGAGGCAGACAUUAACAGCGACUUUGGCGGGCUGGAGAUCGAGUACGAGGAGAAGCGGAGAGCGAACAAGCUCAAGGGCUGGAGAAUCCGUCCGUCCAUGGAGAUGAUGGCACUGAGGCGCAAGAUCUUGGAGCAGCGCUAAGGAGAACGCCGACGGCGAAGAGAAGAAGUAGACCAGCUCUUGAAUAAAUCCAUACACUCCGCUUUCUACUGUGACGCUGCCCAAAGCGAGCUGCUGCUCUGAAUGCCAAGCGGAUCAUGCACUCUUGCCAAGGAUCCGGGGCGCGCUGUCUCGCUGAACACAAUGGAGACCACAUCUUGGCCCAAUGAAAACAGAUAUAAUUAUGAAGAAAAACGCAACAGCAAGUAGAAAAGGCCAUAUCCACAUUAGAUAGGGUUGUGGAGAUAGUCGCUCUGAGGCGCAUGCGCCAUGCUCGGGUUGGCGAUCGAGCCGCUGUUGCCGUACUGCGACGAGUUCGGGUACUGGGCCGAGGUUGGGUAUUGAGCAGACCCCUGGUACUGCCCGCCGGCCGGGUACCCGCCAGCC